AUGCAUCCUUCUGCUUCCCCGCAUACAUUCUGCCAACAACAAGCAAUUCAACGGCUAAAAUACCAAAAUAGAAAUGUCGGACUCCGAUUCUAUUCUAUUCCCCUUCCUGAAAUACCCAACGAACCGGAAAAGCCACUGUAUCUGUAUCUACUGCCAGCAUAUGACAUGCUGCUCAUUACUGUACUGCAGCUACGAGCGAGAAGUAUCCUUGGUGAAGUUCUUCUCAUGCAAAUAACACAGAGCUCAAUAAAAAUUGGGAUACCUAACAUCAAGCAAAGGAUGAAACCCCGAAAAUGGACCCUGGCUUCCAACGGGCCGUACUACAGUCCGUACAAAGUGAACCGUAACGGUCACGUGUUCAGUACAAACGUACCGAGUUCUUACAAUAUGUACGCCUACCUCUCCUCCUCCCUGUCGCCUCAAAAUCGCCCAAUUGUACAGUACUACGCCUCGUUGGAAGCCCUGAACGCCCGCGUGUGUCCUGAUAUUUGUAAAUACCGCAAAUCCUUAAAAAAGCGAAAUAGCACAAGUUCAUUCAACAUAAAAGUUAGCCUUUCGUCACAGUCAGGAAACACUGUCGGUGACUACCGGAAAAACCCCCCCCACGAUAUAAAAACCCGAAUGUUCUCUUCUUACACUCCACAUCUAGAGACACCGCGUGAUCUUGGCUCAAGAACUGAGGUAUUCUCAUGUCGAGGAGAACGUCUCGCUAGAAGCUCAACCGUCUUCGCCCGAUGGUGUUCGCGAGAGAGACAAGGGGUCUGGGCUGGAAAUUUCGCUCUCCACCCUUUCUGGCUGGAAGUCUUCAGGAAUAUUGUCCAUAAAAUGAAGUAUACUGAUAUCUUCUGGGUUACGCCCAAGGAUGAAUUCGACAAUCUAAUGUUUCUUAAUACCAGACGGCUUCGCGUUCCCGGCACUCAAAACCUAUACAAAGGCCCUCAGGUCUCUAGGGCGAAACGAGUAGAGAAUAUCGAUCAUACCCUCUAUGCCCGGAAGAAUUUUAAAAUAAAUGACCAAUACGUCACAUCUAUGGAGACCAAAAAACCUCCAGCGGCACAUCAAUGCUUGCCUAGAAAGAAACCGCAUCGCAUCCUUGGAAUAACAAAAGACCGAGAAACAACUCAUUUCUGCCUUUUUUAUGAUUAUAAACGUUACACAAACUGUGUAUCCUCUCUGGCAACAUUAAAAGGAAACGUUAACAUACUCUAUGGUUCUCAGGCUGGCAUUAGAAUGAACAAUAACAAGAACAUUUAUAUUCUUCUGGGGACGGAAAACCACGGUUUUCAACCCCUAAUUCCUGGUCUGGGGACACAAAGAAGGAGGGACAUGCAGGUAAUAUCUUCUGCACCUUCUAAAAAAAUUUGCGAGCAUAGAAAAGUCCUGUCUCCCUUCAGCAGCGCCAAAAUAACGAUUAAUAUCAGCGCUGGGAAUGAAGAUUCCUGCCGCCAGCCAAAAUGUGCUGGUACCAAAAAGACCAAAGAAAUUCUUACAAUCAUCUACAUGUCUUGUUGCUGGAAGCUUCAAGCGGCUGAAUAUCUAUGGAGUUCUCUCCUAUCAUCGGCCGACACGCACGUCGAGGCUAGGGAAGGCUACCUGCUCGAUCUAGGAUCGCUUGAAUACGCUGGUAUUGUCCUCCGCGCCCGACCACCCUCAUGCCUUUCUCUUCUCCCCUACUGA